UGUUCAAAUUGAAGCAUUGACUUUUGGAUAUUUACUACCUAUACGUCACGUGCACUUUUAAACACUAGAUGGCAGUAAACUCUCGUGAGGUAAGUUAUCAUCCACCUAAUAAAGCGUAGAAGAAGAGCGGCAGUAAACGGUGUUAGUGUGUGUGUCUAAUCGCGGCACCGAACGUGUCUGCUCACUAAAGACACAACCCGUUGACGUGCUGGAUAACGGUUUAUGUUUCUGGUAUUUUUUCGGCUUCUUUUUGUUGCAGGGAGCGUAUGUUUAUGUUAUACUAUGCAUAUUAAAGCAUUUUUCUUGUAAAACGCAGUAUUCAUUGGCUAAGAACAGCCGAGCUCGUUUCUGGUGGAGUGUCCGCUCCUCCUCCCCUCGAUGAAGAUCUGCGAUGCCCUCUGAUUUUAUAUCCCUCCUUAGCACGGAUAUCGACCUCAAUUCCCCCAAAUCCCUAUAUUCUAAAGAGUCGGUAUAUGACCUCCUCCCCAAAGAGCUCCAGCUCCAGCCGUCGUCCAUCCAGCCCGACCCACCCACCAUGAGCCAGAAGAGCGGGGGAGAGGCGGGACCUCCCCCCUCCGCAGCCUUGGCCUCAGAUGCCACCUCUUCCACCUCCAGCCCUUCUGCUUCUUCUUCCCUGGCCAUGGGAGUUCUGUCCAGUGGUACCUCUACCUCAUCUUCAGACCAUGUCACAGUCGCCAAGCAUCUCCACUCUGCAGCUGGAGAUGGAGCUGAAGCUGCAGAGAAGCAAAGCCUGGAGGCUGCCAGAUCUGCCCCCAGCAGAGGCAACAAUGGAGCAAACGCUGCAGCGGGAGAUAUAGGGUCAGGAGUCUUGUCAGGGUUAGGUGUCCAGCAGCUUCAGAACACCCCGUCCAAAAGAAGACCUGUGUUGAGCAUAUCACCACCACCCGAGGAUCUGUUUGACGACAGUCAGAUGUCUUGCCAAGAAGAACCUGCCUCAUCAGGUGGACCAGGUCCUGACUCGGAGCACAGCAACAGUAUUUGGGCUGAUGAUUCCGUCUCCAACUUCAGCUUGAUCAGCUCCGUCUCCUACAACGACAACACGGAGGUGCCACGCAAAUCCAGAAAGCGCACUCCUCGCCAGCGACCGGGUCCCAAGCCUGCUCCUCCAGAGGACAGCAUGGAUGUGUUUGAUGCCGACAGCGCCAAGGGUCCUCACUUUGUCCUAUCUCAACUGGGCACAGACAAGACCAGUUCGAUGACCAGUUCGCUGGAGUCGGGAACCACUGUGAAAGGCGGGUCACUGUGUGCUCAGUACCCCCAGAGAAGUGAUGGAAAGGAGCUGAAGAUCCUGGUGCAGCCGGAAACGCAGCACAGAGCUCGAUACCUGACUGAGGGCAGCAGAGGUUCUGUUAAAGACCGCACACAGCAAGGAUUUCCCACUGUCAAGUUGGAAGGUGUCAGCGAACCAGUCAUGCUUCAGGUGUUUGUAGCAAACGAUGCAGGAAGAGUGAAGCCUCACGGUUUCUACCAGGCCUGCAGAGUGACGGGACGCAACACCACUGCCUGCAAAGAGGUGGACAUAGAAGGGACCACAGUAAUCGAAAUCCCUCUGGAACCCAGCAGUGACAUGACACUCGCUGUGGACUGUGUAGGAAUUUUGAAGCUCCGUAAUGCGGAUGUUGAAGCUCGCAUCGGUGUGGCAGGAUCCAAGAAGAAAAGCACACGAGCAAGACUGGCCUUCAGAGUUAAUAUCCCCCAACCAGAUGGAUCUGUACUUACCUUACAGGUCCCCUCGUCCCCCAUCCUCUGCACUCAACCGGCAGGAGUGCCAGAGAUCCUGAAAAAGAGUCUUCACAGCUGCUCAGUCAGAGGAGGAGAGGAGGUUUUUAUUAUCGGAAAGAACUUCCUUAAAGGAACCAAAGUGAUUUUUCAAGAGAACAUUGCAGAUGAUAAUUCUUGGCAGGCUGAAGCAAAUAUUGACAUGGACCUCUUCCAUCAGAAUCAUCUGAUAGUAACAGUCCCUCCAUACCACAACCAGUCCAUCUCUUCUCCUGUGUCUGUGGGUAUAUUUGUGAUGACUAAUGCUGGUAAAUCCCAUGAGGCCCAGCCGUUCACCUACACUCCUGACCAAGCUGACAACUUAAACGUCCAGACAAUAAAAACAGAGGGCACCUCCAUGGCCAGCACAUGUAUAUUUGAAGGCCAGAUUAAAUCUAUAUCCGCAGAGCAAACGGACUGCUCUGGUCAGCCUUCAAAACGCCAAGAGGACACACCUAUGGAGGUGUCCAGCAAUCCACAAGCUACAGACGUCUUUAAACAGUCUCCUGACCCCCUCAUCUCAGUGCAGCAAACUCUGGAGCUUAACUCUAGUCCUCAUUCUAGUGCAGAGUCUUUUCAGAGCUCCAUACCCCUACAACCAGAAGAUGUGGAACUUCCACCAGCACCCCCAGUCUUUCCUAGUCUAGAGUCUCUCAGUACUAUACAGAAGCAAGACAUUUCUUCCACAACCUCAUUCCCAGUGUCAGGAGAUACCACAAUCCCCCCUGUAACACCGGAAGUUCCUCAACAGUUCCUCAGAGACCCUCAGGAGAGCUUGUCUCCUGAGAGUUCUGAUAACAGUGGAAGGAUUGUGGUGGUUGCCAUGCCCCAAAUGGCAGCUCCUGCUCAGCCACAGCCACAACAGUCCCAGGUUACCCUGUUCCCUCAAGAAGGAGUUGCACAACUUGAGCGGGCAGUGAGAGAGCUGCAGGCUGGAGGUAACAGCACAUUCCAGGAGGUGCUGGAGGCAGCUGUCGCCCAGCAGCAGCUGAAUUCUGUGCUCUAUAGCCCAACACCUUCUGCAGAGUCCCUUCAGCAGCAUGUUCAGGAGAACAUGAACAGCCUGAGAUUGGGAACCACUGAUAAUUCACUAUCAGCACAGCAGCAGCUACAAAUACAACAGCAGCAGCAGCAACAACAACAACAAAUGCAGCAGCAGUUUGAACAGCAGCAGCUGCAGCAACAACAACAAAUUCUAGAAAACCUUCAACAACAGCAGCAGCAAGUUCUAAAUAACAUUCAAAUUCAGCAGCAGCUCAUUUUACAGCCCCAAGAACAGCAACAAAUGAUGGAGAAUAUUCAGCAGCAGCAAACUCAGCAACAAGUGCUUAACAUCCAGCUGCAGGAUCAGCAACAACAAAACCAAAUUCUCUCCACUUUACAACAACAGCAAAAUCAAGCUUUGAGCAACUUGCAGCAGCAACAAUUACAAGAACAGGUUCUGGAGAACUUGCAGCAGCGUCUCCAGGCUGAGUUGCUCCAGCCUCAGAUACACUCCUCUGCUCAAGCACAGCAGCCGGUCACCUUGCUGCAGCAGGCUGGAGAGCUUCUUACCAUCCAGACAAGCUUCCCAACACAGCCACCAACCCACACAUCUCCACCACAGCAACUCUUUCAAUCCCCGAGGCCCUUGUCUGAGACCCAGGGUCAUGCUGCUUUGCUACAAAACACACUGACAGUUCUAACGAGUGGAAGUCUCAACUCAGAGCAGCAAUCCACAGGGUCAACCCUGUACCUAUCCCCAAACCCUCAGCCCCAACAGCAGCAACAGCAGCAGUUGGCAUUCAUCUCCUCCAUGGAAACCUCAAGCAGUGCCCCUCAGUCUGUUUCAAUGUUUCAGAACCAACCCCAAACCCAACUAUCCCAGUUGCAACAGCAGAGCACUCCUAUGGAACAGCAGCAGUCGUCACAGCAAAACCAACAACCCCCACAGCAGCUUUCAUUGGGCCAGCAAGGCUCUCUGUUCCAGACUAUCCCAAACCAGACAAACCCAGUCCCCCAGAGCCAAAUCACACAGCCCCAACAAGCAGGCCUGCUUCUGUGUGCCACAGACCUGAACCCACAAGCUAUCCUCUUCAGCACCCAGACUCAAGGUUCUCCCACUCUGGGAAGCAUCAGUGUUGGACUUCCCCAGGCAGACACGGCCGAGCCCAUGUCCUUUCAAGAUCAGAGCUCUGGAAACAAUGCAGCAUCUACUGAAAGCCAGCAGCAGAGCUUAUUUCAAGAACAGCAGCCAAUGCAAGUGACCCCAAGCUCCGGUCAAGUCCCAGGCAGUCAACCUGUGAAGCUGUUCAUACCCCAGACAUCUCUUUCCAACCUGCAGAGCACAAUUGGCCCACAGGAGCUAACCAACCAGGCUCCAGCUUCUGCAGCAACCAUUUUUAUGGUGCAGGGGGGUGUUGGAAUGGUCGCCAGCCCUGUUCAGCAAUCUACCGAACAGCUUUUCCAGGCCACAGUUGGUGGCAGUGUGGCUCCACAAGGACAAACCAAUCUGUUUGUUUUCGGCAUCCAAAACGACUCUUCACAGCUACUCAGUUCUUCUGGAAGCAGUCUGCCAGUCCAGAACCAGGGUCAGAACUCCAGUCACAUGCCACCGUUGUUGGACCAGCCCAUGGGCCAGGCUCCCUCCACCAUGCACAGUGACCUGCAGAACACCCUGCAUGCACAAAUGCAGAGCAGCCUAGAAAACGCAAUGCAGUCUAACGCACAGUCUGGCCUACAGGUAUCUAUAGAAACAAACCUGCCGACUCCAAUGCAGACGGGUCUGCAGACGCAGAUGGAGAGCAGCUUGCAGAAUCAAAUGCAAGCUUCGAUAUCCACAACAUCUAGCAUGGAUAAAAUUGAAGACAUACUGGAAAGCUUGCAGAAGCAGUGAGAAUUGGUUAGACUAUCGGGGAACUGAGCAGAGUGAAUGAAAUGUAGCUAGAGGUGAUACUUUUUAAAAUAAAAUAAAAAAAAAACAAUAAAGGCAAUGCGUUUCUGUAGAGUAAAGUUGGAGGAGUGAUUGGUUGCGUUAGCAAAAAAAAAAAAUCAAGAAAAUCUUUAAGAAUAUUUAGGAACUCCCUUUUAAUAGAAGCCCCAAUCCCAAGUUGGCUUUUUAUAAUAUACUUACCACUACUUAUUUAUGGCUUUCAUCCAUUCCUCCCUAAUCAAUUCAUCCAAAUUUGUUAUUACCCCCUCUUGCAGGAUCAAAGAGGCCUGUAAUAACAGUUUUAUUUAGUAGUCCCAAAAAUCCGGUGUCUGAUCAUUGAUGUUUUUGUAACGUGAGCCUAAGAGAUAACUGCAAUCAGACACCUACCAUGUUAGGAAUCCUGAAUGAAUGUCAGCGGCAGAGGAGUCGGGAGGAGCAGUCGGAGACGGUGAGGCAGAUCUUUGUGGAUGAUUGCCUGGUUGCACAGUAGUGUUAAAAACAUGGGCUGAAUCUCAUUUUGUGCGUCUGUAAACUGUAAUAUUUUGAAUCGGGUGGUUAAAUGUUGCAUUACUUAUUUUUUUUACAUUGUAGUACACAUUUUAUUUAAGCUUUUUUUUGGGAGGGGUGAUAUACCUCCUUUGUUUUAUUUGGCUCAUGACAUUGUCUACAACUUCUGUAAAAUCUACUCUAAGAGUACAGAUCUCUAAAAUAUAGAAUUCUAUUAAAAAUGUGGGGAUUUGUUUUGUGGAUUAUGUCCAGAUAUAGCUAAAUUCUGCUUUUAAAGUCUCCUACAAAACGACAAAAAAGAAAAUAAAUCCCUGCAAGACUGUCCUAAAUGCAAAACGGGGGUAUUUUACACACUCACAAAUGAGGUUCAACCUGGUAAAUAAUGUGACAUGGCUGGUAAGUGUUAGCCUCCUAACAUUUUCAUGCUUGAUGCCUCAUCACUGGGCGAGCAGAAGCUUUCUUUUUAAAGAUUAAAUUAGCAUUUAGUUGUUGUAAUGUCUGCAUCUUUUGUCAUUUUAAGACGUUGGUCACAUUUACCAACUGAAGUGGAUAGAAGUAAGCCUUCCACUGGUUAUAAAAAAAAAUUGGUGUGUUGUGUGGUUUUUUUUAUAAGCAUUUUAUCUAAAGCACUUUAUAUUCUCUUUUAUGUAACCCACUACUCCUUAUAUCCGUCCACAGCUCUGUAAUAAACUGAAUUUGUACUUUGAGGCGUCCAGUUAAAAAUGCAGAGAAAAAAAAACGCAGAAUCGUUUGUCUUUGUUCUGGUAAAAGCAUCUUAACCAAGCAGUUUGACAUCAUUUCACGUCAGAGUAGUCGGUAUAAAAACAGCUCUCUCCUUACGUUAAGCCCCAGUGGUCCAGUGACGUCUGUCCAGAAAACAACCAUUCCCACUAAAACAUUGUCGUCUCUCAGUGUUUGUGUGGUAAAUACACCUUUAACGUCUAUUCCAUACAUUGUAAUGAAGGAUUUUUUUUGGCUUAUUUCAUUUUUGUACCAGUUCCUGUUCAGCCCAUCACUGGGACUGCUUUGUAUCACGUUGAGUUUAUGUCUCAAGUGUUGGCAGCGCGUUGGGGUUGGUGCCAGAUGAAGUCGGCAUCCAGCACUCGUCCUUUCUCUGUUGUGAAACACGGACUCAUCACCAGUAUAUGAAAACUGUUACAAAGAGGCCGCCCAUUCUGGUUCUAUCUUAUGGUGCUACGUGCGGGAGGGAAGGACACUCCAGCCGCCACGCUGGAGCAAGAUUUAAUCUUCAAACAGCACCGGCAUUGCUUGUUGACAGGAAGUUACAGUCAGCUGAGUUUUCACCCGCCAUGGGGUCAAACUGGAGUCCUGAGCGUCGCCGCUUCGUCUCAUUUUUAUCUUUGCAAAUGCCCUCAUGAUGUUUACUCGUUUGUACCAAAUUAUGCAGCUCUGACAGAAACAAAAAUUCAGUAUUUUUGAUCGACAACAUUUACAAAAGACGUGUUCAGGUACGUUGGUCUCGUAGAUCCGUUAACCCCAACAUUUCCACCCAUUUGAUACUAUAUUUUUUAUGCUUUACUUUCCAUAUCCAACAACAGCCACUAUGGCAUUAUCAAAAAAUUAGAUUUGACUUUGGGUUUUUUUGAGAUAGAAAUUGUUCAUAAAUGCAUGUUUACAUUUUCAUAGUCUUUUUUUUGUCCUGCAGCUGUCAGUGAUCCAUUUUAAAGUAACUUAUCUUUUUUAGAAUUUUGUAUCCAUGUAUCAAAGUGUAGAGUAUUUUUGUAAAGCAAAGCUUUUUGGUUUAUUCUCAGCACAGAAGAUAUCAUUGGUGUGUUGUGUUUUUUUUUUUUUUUUUAUUGUCUCCCAAAGUGAAAUACAAAUUUAUUGUUCAAAUAUUACUAAAAUUGGAAACUUUUCACUUUAAAUUUACCCCAACAACAAAAGAGCAAGUUAGGCUUUGUAAUCCUGUAUCUUUUAUUAAUUCAUGUGUCGUGCAUCUGAAAAGAAGCUUUGACUCAACUGUUGAUCAGGUCAGCCGUGAAGUUUCCAAGCAUUCCCUUCCAAUACUUUUGGAGAUUAUGAGCACAUGUUUUAGUUGCGAAAGUGCUGAACAGCUUUGCCUCUUGAGAAGCCAUACCAACACAGAAUGCCAACGUGUGACUUCACUUUCAUGAAUGUAACGUUACCUCACGGUGUGGACAUGGAGGUUGAUCUAAAUCUGGCAUCGGACCAAUCCGUUUUCGAGGUCAUAAGCAGUGGAACCAGCUUGUGUACAUGUUUCAACCUUUAUUUUUUAUUCUUUUGUCUGCAAAGACUGCAUCUUUUAUUUUGAAGAGCCACUUCAACCUGGGGGGAAAACAAGCCUUGUUAAAUAUGAGUUUACUGGUGGCAAAGAGAGCACACAAAUCUUUGCAGAGUAUCUUUCUGUUCCCUUCAGUCCUGUAAAUGGUUAUCCACGUGUAUUUAAAUGUGAAAUAUACUGCAGGGGUAUCUUGAAUUUCAAUUGUGAUGCUUUCAACAGAACUUUGUGUGCCUUGAUAACUAAUUGUUGCUCUGUUGUGUUUACUGGUGUGUCCCCCCCUUUUUUUUUUUUCCUUUGGGCCAUCGCUUCUCGUCCUUUUUACCCCUUUAGGACAGCGUAACAUCAAGACGCUUUUCAACUGUUAAGAUUGCUCAAUAGAGGCAUAAACAGAACUCUUGCUGAUAGAUAUUUAUAUAUUUUGCAAAAAACAUUCUCAACAUCAGAUUUCUUAUAUCGUGCAGCUCCACCAGUGAAGUGUCACCUUGUUUGUCGUGUUUUACUGAAAAAAUCUUUGUCAUGCCUCAUGAGAUUUGUCCGCGUGAGGUAAAAAGGAUGGAGACAGCGACGAUUGUCGAGUUCUUUCUUUCUUUCUUGUGUUGAUGUGCUCGUCAACGAUACAGUUGCUGUGAAAUGCUUGAUCAGAAAGGGGCAACCAUGGACUUGUUAUAUUUGCCAAUAGUGAGCUUUAUCUUGUUUAAUCAGUUCGCUCACUUUUCCUAGUUUGCUUUCUAUUUCACACCUUCCAACAGUUCUGUUCUAUCGGUUUGUGUGUAGCUUCAGCUUAGUAUCUAGCCUUAAGACCCUGCAGUAGGGAUCAAGGUCAACCCCAGCGUGUUAUACAUCUGAAAUAUUAAAAUGUACUUUGCCUUUGUCUGGACAUUUGUAUACUCUUCUGUUUAUAUCUGUAAUCCUGCUGCUACAUUAAAAGAAUUAAUAAAAAUG